GGUGUGUGAUGGGCGGCAGGGAGGUGUGGUGGCUUCCCGGUUACUGCCUAUGGAGCUUGACAUAGUAGGGCCGCAGCGCAGUGCUUGAGCUCCGGGCCGCAGGCCGGCGGUAGCGCCAUGGAGAGCCGGUGUUAUGGGUGUGCGUCCAAAUUCUCUGUCUUCAAGAAAGAGUGUGGAUGCAAGAACUGCGGACGGUCGUUCUGCUCAAGCUGCCUUAGCUUCAGUGCUGUUGUUCCCCGCUGUGGAAGCACUCAGAAGAAGGUGUGCAAGCAGUGUCAUGAAAAACUAACUGGAGAGGGAUCUCAAAGCAGUUCAGCAAAAUGGUCACCACCAGAAAACUACAAAAAGCGUGUGGCAGCUUUUGAGGCUAAGCAAAACCAGCUGAAAGAGCAACAGAAAGCAGCUUCUGUAAAAGCCCCAGGUCAAGCAGGCUCCAGGUAUCAGGGGCUCUCUAAAGAGGAUAGAGCUAUUGCAGAGAGACUGGAGAAGCUCAGGGAGGAAAGGAAACCAAAGUCCAUCCCUACUCAGGCUGAGAUCGAAGCUAGGCUGGCUGCCCUGAAGGAGGACUACCGGCGACCUGUGCCAUCCACACAGGAAAUGGAGGACCGGUUGGCUGUUCUGCAGGGGAGAGAUCCUCCUUCCCAGGCUCUUAGACCCGCAUAUCAACCUCCUGAUACCAGAAGUCUGGUCCAGCAGACAGAUGACCUGUUAACUCAGUUGUCUGAGGAAGUUGCCAUUGAUGAGCAUUACAAAACAAGAGUCCGGCCUCAAGCUGUUAGUAGCCAAAGUUUGAAUGAUCUCAAUCGGGAAAGUGGAGACUGUGUUUGCCCUGCAAAUCUGGACCCAAGACAGCUAGAGGAAGAGAAGAAUAAACUUCUGGCAGAAGCUGCUGCUGAGCUGAGGGAAGAGAACACCAGGCAGGAAAAGAUCCUACAAGUUGCCAAGAGACUGGCAGCACUCAAAGGCGAGGACCCAGAGAAAGUUACACUGGAAACCUAUAAGCUUCCUGACAGUGAUGAGGAAGUGGCUGAGGAGGAAGCCAUUCGCAGAGUGUUGAAACAGCUCACAGAAGAAGCAGCCCUGGAUGAAGCAAGUGGAUUCAACAUUCUUCCAGAUCAGGCCACCCAGCCAGGACCCUUGCAACAGAACUUUUAUAAGAAGGCCAAGCAAAAGAGCCAGACUCCAACCACCACAGCUCUUGCCAUGGCAGAUGACAGUGAUGAGGAUGAGUUACCAUGGUGCUGCAUCUGCAAUGAAGAUGCCACUUUGCGCUGCCAUGGCUGCGAUGGGGACCUCUACUGCCAGCGCUGUUUUCGGGAAGGCCAUGAUGAGUUUGACCUGAAGGACCACCACACUUCCCGCUAUCGUCUUCCUCACAAGUAGAAGUGAUCACACUCUUCAUGGGCAGAAAAGAAGGUGGAGAAUGGGAAGAGAGAAGAGUUGGCCGGAUGGGAAGAGUCCAUGUGGAUUUGCAGCCAAAACGGGUGAUGUUUUGGCUAAAGUAUGUGUUGUAAUCGUCAGAGAGAGGCUUAGAGGGCACAUGACUUUUAUCUUCACAAAUACAACCAGAGAAGUGCAGGGUUUGCUAUGAAUGGGGAUAAAUGAGGACUUGAUGUGAGGAGGUGGAUAUGAAUCCUUAAGUACAGACGGUGAAGCAGUGCGGGUAGCAAUAAAGAUGUGUGCUUAAGGCAGUACUGACUGGCUGUUAAGUAACUUCCUGCUUUUGCUAACAGUUUACACACUGGUUCAACAGGCAGCAAAGCAUUUUGCACUAAGAAAACUGUCUAUGUUGUGAUUAUGUGUGUGAUGAGAACUUCCAAAGCAUAAUAAAAAUUAUUCACAGAG